CCAUUUUAUUUCGACUUCAGCCAUUGGAGAUAGCUACUCGCUCGACCGUAUCGGUGGUAUUUUAAUAUCGUUUAUACUGUUUUUUACAGUGACAUUGAGAUAUAUACAUAUAUCACGUGUCGUGAUUGUUUUGUCGUAUUUGUCCUAUCAAGGGAAUUACUCAGCCUUUUAUUACAGCUAACGUUACCUAUUUUCAGCUAACGAUAGUCCUUAGCACUUAUUUUCCUAUUUAGCAAUCGACUUGACGCUUCCGAGAACGUGCCAAGUUACGAACUUCUGUUACUUGAUAAACUGCAAUUACCUCAUAAACAACCCGUCUGCUGACUGAAAAUAUGGAUCAAGUUGAAGUAUCUCCUAAAGAAGUAAAGAGUCCUUGGGGGGCUGUGAGACCUGUUCAGACUCCCUGCUCCCUGUCCGACGUUAUGAGUGAACAGCUGGCCAAGCAACUGGAUGACGAAAACAACGCCUUCCCAAUUUGUUCAGAGGUGGAUGUGGAACUUAUGACCUCUCCAGAGGCUGACACAGACAGUGACCUGAUGCUGGCUCAGAUGCUACAGAUGCAGUUUGACAGGGAGUUUGACUCACAGCUACGCAGAGAGGAGAAGAAGUUCAAUGGAGACAGCAAAGUGUCCAUAUCUUUUGAAAACUACCGCAUGGUUCACCCUUAUGAGGAGAGUGACAGCUCUGAGGAUGAAGUUGAUUGGCAAGACACCCGUAAUGACCCCUAUCGAGCUGAUAAACCAACCACCACCCCCAAAAAGGGCUUCACUGGGAAAGGCAAAAACAUCACCACUAAACAUGAUGAGGUGGUUUGUGGAAGGAAGAACACAGCACGCAUGGAACAUUUUGCUCCAGAGGUGCAGGUCGGUGACGGGAUCGGCAUGGACCUGAAGCUCUCUAACCAGGUGUACAACGCUCUAAAGCAACACUGCUACAGUGAGCAGCGCCGCAGUGCCCGGCUGCAUGAGAAAAAGGAGCAUUCCACUGCUGAGCAAGCAGUGGACCCAAAGACUAGACUGCUGAUGUAUAAGAUGGUGAAUGCUGGGAUCCUGGAGAAUAUUAAUGGCUGCAUCAGCACUGGGAAAGAGUCUGUGGUGUUCCAUGCUGAUGGUGGAAGCAUGGAGGAGAAAGCAGUUCCAGGGGAGGUUGUGCUGAAGGUCUUCAAGACCACACUCAAUGAGUUCAAGAAUCGGGACAAGUACAUCAAGGAUGACUACCGCUUCAAGGACCGUUUCAGCAAGCUGAACCCCCGCAAGGUCAUUCGCCUGUGGGCAGAGAAGGAGAUGCACAACUUAGCCAGAAUGAAGAAGGCAGGCAUCCAGUGCCCAGAGGUUGUGAUCCUGAGAAAGCACAUCCUGGUGAUGUCUUUUAUUGGCCAGGACCAUGUGCCUGCUCCCAAGCUGAAGGAUGCCAUGCUGAGCAGUGAGGACAUGAAGCUCGCCUACUACCAAGUCCUGGAUAUGAUGCAACAGCUGUAUCGGGAGUGCAGCCUUGUCCAUGCUGACCUGAGUGAAUAUAACAUGCUCUGGCAUGAUCGGAAGGUAUGGCUGAUUGAUGUGAGCCAGUCCGUGGAGCCUACUCAUCCCCAUGGCCUGGAGUUCUUGUUCCGUGAUUGCAGGAAUGUUUCCACUUUCUUUGAUAAGGCAGGUGUGGCAGAUGUCAUGAAUGUGUAUGAACUCUUCAACGCCGUGUCUGGGCUCCAGAUUAACGGUGACAACGAGGCAGACUUCUUGGCUCAGAUUGAAGCCCUGGAGAAGAGGAACGAGGACCAUGUGCAAAAGCGCACCAAGAAGACUUUCCCUACCAGUGAUGAUGGGCCUCCCCUGUUAAAGAAGAACAAUGAGGAUAUCUAGCAACAAGGCAACCUUGGUGCUGAAUGGAGCAGUGAUACUCUGUUGUCACGUAUCAUAUUGAAGUGCUGGAUAAGUCACUAAGCUGGCCAGAUGUGAGAGGCAGUCACCCACCUCUGCCACUUUCCGCCGCUGUUGUUGUUGAGUGGCAGGAAAGUCAGACAGACCGCAAACACACAAAUGUACGCACAUCAGUCUAGCACAUGAUUAUGUUAUAAUUGUGCACUUGUAUGUAACAAGCCAUUGUUCCUGUAUAACUCUGGUUGGGUGAAGUCAAUAUGACUGCUUUUGGUAUGAGCUUAGAAAAUAAAUAAUAAUUAAAAAAUAAAACUCAUAUGUAAUUGUUAGUCCUCAUAGAGUGUCCUUAUGAAUUAAGUGUUUUACCAAGUGGUCUGGCUACUAUUGAAUGCAAUUUUGCCUGUAAAGCAUUUAAUAUGUGAUUUUUGUGAGUAUAGCGUAGCUGAAACUGAUUCCAGAAUGGAAUCUUAAUGCCGUACUCGCCCAGGUAUAAUUUCCUGUCCGGUCUCAUCGUGGUAUGUGGGAAUAACAAAGUCAAAGGCUUUUACUACAGGAGAACUGAGACGUUCCUUUGCAUCCUGUCAAAAUCUGUGUGAAGAAAAUAAAUAUUUGAAUUUCA